AUAAACUCAAAAACCCUGGGUCAACGACCCAGGCAUCCUAACAGUCUCAAUCAUAAACUCUGAAUGUUGUUGUUUCUCUUUUAUAACUCAGGUCUUCAGGAACAAGGCAUCAAGUCUCCACAGGUGUUCCUGGUGUCCAGCUUCAAGCUCCAUCUGUACGAUUUCUCUCUCUUACAUGAGACCUUAGCGAUAGACCUUCCUGCAUACAAGAGAGAUGCUCUGCUGUUUGCCAUGCCCAACAUCAACCUGGAGAUCAUCAACAAGAAGAAAGAAGCGUUUCAGUCUAAAAUAAAAUACUGGGCUACUUCGUCUGCAGCUGCAGCAGGGGCUCCAGUUCCUGGACUUUCCAUUUGUAUGGACCUGUCCAUGAUGGUUGAUUUAGCUAUAGAUUAUGUAGUUGGGUUUGGGCUUGAUAAGCCAUCACUGCAGAGACUCUCUGCCAGCUCGGGUGUGCCCUACACUGAGCUGCUUAAUGUCCUUAAAUCACCACUGGCUACAGCAAAAAUAACCAAAGAUCUCCUUCUGAAGCUGUUGUCCCAUCUGACCGGCACAGUUGCACUGAUGGCACUAGAGGAAGGAUCCAGGUGGAUUCCAUUAAUAGGAAUCCCUCUGGCUAUGAGCCUCUCCUUCAUCACAACCUACAGAGCUCUGAAUUGUUUCCUCACUGAGCUCGCUGAUGAUGCUCAGAGGGUGUUUAAAAGGGCUCUGGGUCUGAACACCUCAGUGUGAUAUUAUAAAUGGCAACUUCUUUAAUGACACUUAAAACUAGUUUAAGCCAAAAAAAUGAGGUUUUGAUCUUUUUUAAAGUAGAUUGUAUUAAAUUCACCAGUCAUCGACCGCAUAAAUUAUAACCGAGGCUUGUAGUAUAGAGUAGUUCCUCUGAUCAGAGCAGAAACAGCAGAGUAACUUCUCCCAGCUUCUCACACUCAAACUCUCAAACUUUCCAUCACAUCACAGGAACUAAUGUGAUCUUAUUAUUCAGAUAUGAACUGUGUAUACUGUAGAAGAGCUACUGAAUCAUUGCAAUGAUGUGUUUCUUUGUUCUUUGUGUUGUUGUUAUUGUCAGCACUAGAGUGUGAUGAGUCUGAUUGUUUUGUUAUCACAUCAUAGCAUCCAGCAUAGUAAAUACCAGCUACUAAAGAGUGGAUGAUGUAAUGUGAUAAAACAGAGGUGUGUAGAACAGAAACUGCUCUGUGGUGUUUGUGUCCUGUUGACUGUAGUUUGUGAUGAGUGUUCACUGCCCUCCAGGGGUCACAGUGAGGAACUACAACACAAAUAAUACAGAUAUGACUGCAUGUUCAUCAACGUUAUUCCUGCUUGCUUAUAAUAAAAUGUUAUUGAUAAAGAUAUUAACAUUAAUUGUUAUUAGAAGUAGUAGUAUUUGAUUUUGAUGAAACAAUAGAUUCCACUGCAUCAAACAAUACAUUGUAAUGAGUUCUUAUCUUGGGUGUACAGAAUAUUAGAAACACUAGUUUGACACAGAUCAUUCUUACCUACAAAAGACUUGAGCUUUUUCUGUCCUAAUGUAGCUAAAUAAAACAUAUUUAAAAGUC